GCGCAGGCUCGGGCGCAGGUUGCAGCAGAGAGGGGCCUCAGCUGUUGUGGUUAUUGUGCCGCCCCUCCCCCACCCGGACCCAGCGGCGACCCGUCGCUGCAGGCCCGUUGCUCUAGCCCCAGCACCGGGGACUAAGGACUCCGUGACCCUGUCUUCGGGCCUGUCCGCGCCGGAGCAACUCGGGACUGCGUAGCACCCCGCAUGCCGACAUGGGAAAGUCUUUUUCUCAUUUGCCUUUACAUUCAAAUAAAGAAGAUGCUUAUGAUGGAGUCACAUCCACUGAAAAUAUAAGGACUGGAUUGGUUAAUAGUGAAAUACAUAAUGAAGAUGGAAGAAGUGGAGAUGUCUCUCAGUUUCCAUAUGUGGAAUUUACAGGAAGAGACAGUGUCACUUGCCCCACUUGUCAAGGAACAGGAAGAAUUCCUAGGGGACAAGAAAACCAACUGGUGGCAUUAAUUCCAUACAGUGAUCAGAGAUUAAGGCCAAGAAGAACAAAACUGUAUGUGAUGGCUUCUGUGUUUGUCUGUCUGCUUCUUUCUGGACUGGCUGUGUUUUUCCUUUUCCCUCGCUCUAUCGACGUGAAAUACAUUGGUGUAAAAUCGGCAUACGUCAGUUAUGAUGUUCCAAAGCGUACAAUAUAUUUAAAUAUCACGAACACACUAAAUAUAACGAACAAUAACUAUUAUUCUGUUGAAGUUGAAAACAUCACUGCACAAGUUCAGUUUUCAAAAACAGUUAUUGGAAAGGCACGCUUAAACAACAUUACCAAUAUUGGUCCACUGGAUAUGAAACAGAUUGAUUAUACAGUACCUACUGUCAUAGCAGAAGAAAUGAGUUAUAUGUUUGAUUUCUGUACACUGACAUCCAUCAAAGUGCAUAACAUAGUACUCAUGAUGCAAGUUACUGUAACAACAACUUACUUUGGACACUCAGAACAGAUAUCCCAGGAGAGGUACCAGUACGUUGAUUGUGGAAGGAACACAACGUAUCAGUUGGGGCAGUCUGAAUAUCUAAAUGUACUUCAGCCACAGCAAUGAAAACUGAGAGAUGCACCUGGAGAAGAAAUACCUAUUGACAUUUUCCAAACUCUGAAGGAUGAGGUACUUACUUCCGGAUAGGAGAUCUUAAAUUGAACAACCUAAAGUUUACACUUCUGUUUUAAAAGUACAGCUAAGAGUAUGUGGACUUGUAGGUUAUUACAACUCUCUACUCUGUGUUCAUGAUAUUUGUACCAGGAUCUUUUACUUGAAUCUAAAUUUACUGAUUGGUUUUCUUUGUUCCUGGUCCCCAAAGGGGAAAACUAAGACUUCUCCUACAGGAUAAAUAAUUAUUUAAAAUUCAUAGCUCUAAUCACUACUGAAAACAUAAUUGAUGAUUUGUGAUGAAUAUAAUUAUGUGAUGAACAUAAUUUGAGAAACUUUAUUUCUGAAUGUUUUUAUAGAAAAUUACUGUGGGCCUAUUCGUGAAGACAUUUAAAGAGUAACCUUUCUUUUUUCCUGUUUUAUAAAUUCCCUUUGCUACUUGGUAGUAUUUCAGCUAUAUGCUAUUUUAGCUUUUAGCUAAAUGUUUUUAUUUUUUCAUUUUGAAAUCCUACUCAUUUGCAUGUUUUUGUCAGUCUUACUUCAAGCUGUUGCUUGCAUAACACUUAAUAAACCAAAAUAAUCUUUGCAGAAUUCUGUACCUAAAAUUUUUUAAAACCCCUAAAUAAUGGGUUUCACAUGUCUUUCCAUGUUAGUUAUAGUUGUGUGAAAUUUUUAUGUAAUCUUCAAACAUCAUUUAAUGUACAGUAUUGUAAAUAAAUUCUGCAUGGCUUUUAUGUAGCUUUAAUAAAUGUCAAAUAAAGUGAUACAGAUUUAAAAUAUAGUAAGUUGCUCAUAAAAAUUUGUAAAGAAAGGAAAAUGAUAUUCAGAAACCUCUAGAAUGUAUGUUUCCAAUUACAUAUUAGAUCAGGCAUAACAUAGAUUUGAAAUAAAAUAUUUUGAUGCUCCACUUUUUUUAAUGUUGCUUUUCAUACUAAAGAAUUAUGAAUACACUUACUUUUCAGAACUGUUAGGUACCCAAAUGAUCAAUUUUAUGAAUGUUUUAGAGGAGGAAGUUAUUUCUUUGGUAAAAUUAUCCAAGAAAUCCUGUUAUUAAAUUACGGUGGCUAUAGCAAAAUAAAACCUAUAUUAUGCUUUUAAAAAUUACUUUGCACAUCAUGGAUAUCAUGCCCCUAGCAGUUACAUUUUUAAAGGUUUCUACUUUUGGUUUGGAUUUUAUUUAAAAUUGUUUUCAAGUGUAAAUUAUUGACUUAUUCAGUUUGCUAUUUUAUAUUUUUAAUACCAUUUUGCAUUUGGGCUUUUUGCCUUUUUGGUUACCACGUUCUGAGUACCUUUUAAAUACCUACCACUGAGCAUAGGGGCUGACUGUGAUACCAAAAACAGUAAGUGGCUUGAGAGUAGUUUCCUAUGUUCCCUAGUGACAGAGAUCAGGUUACCCCUCUCCCAAAGUGCCUAACAUGGGUCUGAAACAUUCCUAUUAUAAGUCUGACUCUCUCAACUAUAGAACAUGAGCUUUAUUUAAUUAGUUAGAGCUAAUGAAGCCCUCCUUUCUGCCUUUAAACCUACUCAGGUUUCCCCUUACUUAGCUUUCAUAUUACUUUCUCUAAGUUUUCCUCAGUGAACAUUUAAAUGGGUGAAAUGCACUAACUUCUUUUUUUUUUAACUAGUCUUCCCUUAAUCCAUCGCUAACUCAUCCAUCCUUACUGUUAAACUAAAAUCACGCCUUUAAAUUUAUUAUGGAUUUUGUAGUCCAACCCAAUCUUUAAUAUUUUUUCUGCUAUGUUUUUUGACUACUCCCCUUCUCCUUGAAAUUGCACUUUUCUAAUGUGUGUUCUAUUUGUAUUUUUCAUGUCAUUCUCAUUUCAUUUUUUCUCAUUCUCCUAUCUUUUGAUAUCUUUUAACGAGUAGUAUCCAGACCCUCUUCUGCCUCAAAAUUUCUACUCCUGUAUCUUCAGCAAUCACCUGUAUUAAGGCUUCCAGCUCUGUUUCUACAUACCUGACAGUAACCUGUCUAGUUUCUCAUUUAGCUAAUGCCUUAGAGAUAACAGUAUUUCAGUGACUGUGUAAAAAUCAGACAUUGUUAAAAAUUUUUUUAUCAUGUUUUGUUCUCACCUGCCCUUAUGUCCCAUUUCUUCAAAAUCAUUCUUCAGAUAUGCCUCCUUCAAAAAUCAAUCCUGAUUUAUUUUCCUGCUUUGUAUCUUUUUUUUUUUUUUUUUUUUUUGCGGUACACGGGCCUCUCACUGUUGUGGGCUCUCCCGUUGCAGAGCACAGGCUCUGGACGCACAGGCUCAGCGGCCAUGGCUCACAGGCCUAGCCGCUCCACGGCAUGUGGGAUCUUCCCAGACUGGGGCCAAACCCGUGUCCCCUGCAUCGGCAGGCGGACUCUCAACCACUGCGCCACAGGGAAGCCCCCUGCUUUGUAUCUUUUAACCUUGGAAAACUAUAUAGUGUAAAUUAAAUGGACUUUUCUGUUGAUGUGUAGCUUUAAUAUCCUUUUAGAGUGCAUGCAGAGUAUCUGCUGAAGAGACAGAAAAGUGAGAGAACAUUUGCUUUUACUGACUUAGUUUUGAAUUUUUUUAUUCAUUCUUUAAAUUAAAAACUCUUUAUUACACCUACUUUCUGUGGAGUUCGAGUGAGAAAAAACUGGAAUUUAAAAUAAGUUAAGAAAAACCAGCAGUAGAAAAAUAAAGAUUACCUGUGACUACUUUCAAAGAGGGUUAAGUAACUGCCAGAAGAACCCUAGAGCAAAGCAGGCUGUAAAUUAAUAAAACUACAAAAGCACAUUAAGGUGAAGCAGAUUUAUAGCCAUUAAAAAAAAAAAAUAUGGAAAGGAUGGAUGAGGCUUUAACUUUUCUUAGGUCAUUGUCCAAUGCAGUUUCUUAUGUGGUAAUAGGAUUUUUUUAAAACGGCUCUCAGACCUUAUUCAGAAGAUGUGGUAAAGAUGUUACAGUUUUUUUUUUCUGAUAAUUCCAAGAAUAAAUUUCUCGUAAAUUGCACCUUAAGUAAACUGGUCAUUCUAACCAAAUCUAAUACGUAACCAGCCUACAUGUUUUCAUAUUACGUUUAUAUAGCACUGUGCCCUUUUCAGAAUUCUUUCAUAUGUUUUUCUCAUAUCAUUUGCCAUCGUCCUGUGAGUCAGAAAAUGAGGGUAGUAGGAUCCUCCUCUUUUAGAAAAGGAAAAAGAGGCAUGGAGAAGUUGAGGGACUUGCUGAAGAUCUCAUAUUUAGUAAAUAGUUUAAUUGAGGCCAGACCUAGUUUUCCUGUCACCCAUAUCUGUGCUCUGUCAUUUAAAACACCCAUUGGAAAGCCCUGUUGACUCAGGUUAGUAUAAAUAAAAAUUAGAGAAAACGUUCACGUAGGUAAUGGUGACAAUCACAAUAAUACUGAUGGACUAAGAUUUGGGGUAUCUUGAAACUGGUACCUUAAAUGUUUUAAAUGGGAAAUGUAAAAUAUUUUGGAGCAUGAUCUGUAGGUUAAUUUUCUGUUAAAAUUUAGUACUCUGUGAUCAUUCCAGUAAAGAUAAUAGAUAUGUUUCAGAGUAGACUAAUUAUAAAUAAUAGAGAUUAGUGGAUUGAGAUUUGAAACAGUAACAGUUUGAAAAUAAGAGCUAUCAGGUAAACUGCUUGAGGUUUCUUAAUAACCAUCUUUACUACAUAACAUGUAAAUGGCUGUGGUUUUGUGUUCAUUUUUUCCAUGCUUUUUUUGUUUGUUUAAGCCAAUGAGGUAAUUAUUUUCUCUAAGAAUUCAUGACAAGAAAAUAAAAUUCACUUCAGAUCUUCUGAAUUGUAGUUUGGGAAUAACACAGUGUGGUGUUCAAAUAGAUAGGAAGUGACUGCCAAAACACAAUAAAAGUAACUUAGGAGACUUCAAAUGUCAGUCUAAUUUGUGGUUCUUAGCCUUAUCAUUAUUGCAAUAUAAUUCUGGAUGUUUAAUUGGAGGACAUGUCCCCAACUUUCCCUCAUGCCAUUUUGUUUGUUUUUUAAAAGUUUUAAAAUAAACAAUUCUUUGUAUAAUGAGUAUAUCUUAUUUAAGAAAACGGUUUGUUAGGUACUUGACCCCAAAGUCACUGCUCAGUAUCGCUAAUAUUUAUUGGUUAAUUACUAUGUCACAUACUGUACUGUACUAACCUUUCAUGUGCAUUAUCUUAUUAUCCCUCAGAAGAGUUCUUUAAGGUAGUUACUGUCAUUGCCCCCCCCAUUUUAUCUCUGAGGAAAUUGAGUUUUAGAGAAGUUAAGGAGUAUGUAUAAGUUGGAAAGUGGCAGAUUAGAGAUUCAAAACAGGUCUGUUUGACUCAAGCAUCAUUGUUCUUACAAUAAGCAUAUUUUCUUUCUAGCCUUUGAAAAUGUUUUAGUCAUAAAAAUGUGUUGGAUAUUGCACUUAAUAUAGAAGACUGAGGUUUUUGAUAGUAUUUUCAAGAAUACUAUUAAGAUGCUUUAUUAUUUUGUAGAUCUUUAAUAUAAAAAUGUUUAUCAUUUUUUUAGCUAUUAAUACUUAUCUGUUAGAUGGAUUUUUUUCUUUAUAAAAGAUAUAAAAAUUUAAAUUUACAAAUAUAUAUCAGGCUUCCUUGAUAAGCAGUAUGAAUGGAAUUUCAAGUUAUUAGUUUGUAAGCCAAAGGUUACUCACCAGAAUGUCUUGAUUUUUAGCUCAUAACAUCUGGAAACAGUAACUACUUGGCUCAAAUACAUCUAAGAAGAAUUAAUUUUAUUUCUGUCUUUUUUGUAAUAUCAGAUUUUAAAUGAGAUGUUAAACUAUUUUAAAGAAAAAAUGUUUGAGAGGGUGGGGUAAAAAGACUGUGAAACAUUAUUUCUUUAAAAAAUGUAUUUUUACAUGAAAACAAGAUAUAUUUGCAAUGUGUUCAAUCAAAACAUUCACUUCUAUAUCCCAGAUCUACAUAUUUCAAAGUAAAAAUGUUCACUUGUCAGCUGAAAUUCCUGAUUAGAACUAAUAUUUGUUUAUUUUUGUGCUUAGAAUGUAAAUUUCACAGUGGAUUUUUUGUUUUGUUUUGUUUUUUUCUGGCGGUACGCGGGCCUCUCACUGUUGUGGCCUCUCCCGUUGCGGAGCACAGGCUCCGGACGCGCAGGCUCAGCUGCCAGGGCUCACAGGCCCAGCCGCUCCGCGGCAUGUGGGAUCCUCCCGGACCGGGGCACGAACCCAUGUCCCCUGCAUCGGCAGGCGGACUCUCAACCACUGCACCACCAGGGAAGCCCCACAGUGGAUUUUUUUUUAAUUUACCUUUAAUUUGGAUAAAAGCAAGUGAUAUAUACUACAGGGGUAAAAAUGGUAAUUUUCAUUUUAAAAAAAACUACCAAUGUGAUUAUAUUUUUAGUUCUUUUUACUCAUGUUUAGUAGAGGCUUUAAAUUAAAAAAUACACUAUGGUCUGUAUUGACCCAAAAAGUAUUCCAUAAAUUAAUUUAACAAAUAUAUGGCAAGCUUUUCAUAGCUAUAGCUAAUUCUUCUAGAAGGAAGUUGUUGCCUUCUGUUUAAUUACAUUAAUUGAAAUGUGUUUAAGAGAAAUGUUUUCAGCAUAUUUUGUAUACUGAAAAAAAAAUAGGGUUAGUAUUGGGCCAAUGGCCAAGAGGUAACGUUACUACCUUGUAGACUGUUACAGUUCAAAUUGUCCCACUUCCCCCAGAAUUUUAGAAACUAGAAGUCUGGGAGAUUCUGUAUCAGCUGUACUCUGGUGAUUCUAAAUGCUGUAAGUACUGUUCAUCUUUUGUUAUUGUGUGAGAUGGGAAAAAAUGCCAGAUUGCAAAAGAUGCAUAAUUUCAUUGUAUAAUGGUUUGUUUUAGGCAUAAAAUAUCAGCAAGCCUUGUCUUGUGUGUUUUGUCUUAUAUUUCCUUAUAGAACUAAAUUAAGUAAGAUUUUGGGAAAUGAUUUUAAAUGCUUUCCAAGGUGACCUGCUUGGUCAGAUAUUUGAAUGAUGGCAUUGCUGAGUAGACUCUAAUCCAUGAUUCUAAUUGUGGAAUAAAGAAUAAUGUAGAGCGUGAGACUAUGUUUGGGCACUUACUCUUCAUUUAUAUUAGGUAUUACCCUCCAUCAUAACAUACUUACUAAAUUUCCAAGUUGAGCAGUUCUGUAAUUGUAACAAUUGUUGCUGUACCUGUAACAAAACAUGCUUAUGAUAGUAAAAUGAAUAGAAGCGCCCCCAAAUACUAUUUUUUUAAUUCACUUGUAACUGUUCCUCUUAUAAUUGUGUAUGACAGAAUCAAAUUUGUAAAAAUUUUAGCAUGAAAAAUAAAAUUUGUAUCAGUCAA